CACACGUGGAGGAGCUGGAGACAACAUGGAGCCGGCACUGACACUGAGUGCAGGGUGCAGUAAGUGGGACAUCCGGCAGAAGAUUUGGGAUUAUAUAGAGAAGAAUAAUCUGGCGGAUUUCCCCCGACCCGUCCACCAUCGGAUCCCCAACUUCAAGGGGGCGGCAGGAGCCUGCGAGAGGUUGAGGGUGUUGCGGGAGUUCCAGGAGGCGACGACCAUUAAAAUAAACCCGGACACGCCGCAGAAGAACGCGCGUUUCCUCACGCUGGAAGCUCAGAAGACGCUGCUGGUUCCUACACCCCGCCUCCGCACCGGGCUCUUCAACCGGAUCACCCCUCCCCCCGGGGCCACCAAAGAGCUUCUGAGGAUCUGCUCCACCUCCCAGGUAGGACACCCAUCACCCCUGUCACCUUUAGGCUCGUCGUGCCGUCUCCCCCCCCACACACACACACACACAGUUUGGUUUCCUCUUUUGUCCCCCUCAGGGUGGCGGAUCGGGAAAGGAGAGGGCUUUGCGGACAUGGAAUACGCCAUGAUGGUGGCCAUGGGGGCGGUGACGGAUCAAACCAUCGUAGUCACCGUCGUCCACGACUGCCAGGUGCUGGCUAUGCCGGAGGAGCUGCUGGAUGACCAUGACCUGACCGUGGACUACAUCCUGACGCCAACGCGGGUCAUAAAGACGGACUGCACUCGCCCCAAGCCGAAGGGGAUCAUAUGGUCCAAGUGUCCACGGGACGCCUUCCCCGUCCACCUGACCUGGCAGGGAGCCCAGCGCCGCGCCUUCCUGAACUACGGCGGCCCCGCCCACGCGGAACUGGUGCUGGCCAAGCUGGAGGGGCUAAAUAUCGAGGGUCACCCCCUGCGGGUGGAGAUGGCUAGAGGUCAGCGGAGCCGAGCGGCGGGCGUACCCGAGGAGCAGAGACCAUAG